AAUGCUCUUAAGCCGCGUCAAUAAAUAUUAAUCUCUAUUUCUCUCUCUACACAAAUGAGAAAGUGAUUUUCGAAUGUGGUGGGUUUUGAGCUGUGAUUAGCUGUCUUCUUCUCUCUCUCUAAAUACUCCAAACCCUCAUUCACCCCCACAUUUUCAAAUAAUAACAAUUCAAUCUUCUCCAAACCACCAUUUGUUAUGUCUCAUUUCUCCUUCAGAUGAAGACCAUUUGUUUAAGUUUAAUCUCCUUUCUUCUUCUUUGUCUGCUUGCAUUCUCACCUGUUAGGGUUUUAUCUUUCUUCGAUGACUCCGUCGCCGUCGCCGCCGGCGCCGGCUACGGCCGGCUCACCGACGGCGAGGUGAAGUACAUCCGGCAACGGCAGCUGCUAUACUACCUCGACGAGAACGGUGACAGAGGUGAAAACGUGACGGUGGAUCCGUCGCUGGUGUUUGAAAACCCUAGGUUGAGAAAUGCUUAUAUUGCUUUACAAGCAUGGAAGCAAGCGAUACUUUCAGAUCCACAAAAUCUGACCGUUGAUUGGGUUGGAUCUGGUGUGUGCGGCUACACAGGAGUGUUCUGUGCACCCGCACCGGAUAAUCGUUCUGAAAGAACCGUCGCUGGAAUAGACCUCAACCACGGCGACAUUGCUGGAUAUCUACCGGAGGAACUCGGUUUGUUAACCGAUCUGGCGUUGUUUCACAUAAACUCGAACCGGUUUUGCGGAACAAUUCCGAAAAAGUUUAAGAACUUGAAGAUUCUGUUUGAGCUUGAUAUCAGCAACAACAGGUUUGCCGGAAUAUUCCCUCGCGUUGUGCUUAAAUUACCUAAAUUAAAGUUUUUAGAUCUCCGGUUUAAUGAGUUUGAAGGUAAUGUGCCUAAAGAAUUGUUUGAUAAAGAUUUGGAUGCUAUUUUUAUUAACCACAACCGGUUUAAAUUCGAGUUACCGGAUAACUUCGGUAAUUCGCCGGUUUCGGUUAUUGUUUUGGCGAAUAAUAAGUUUCACGGGUGUCUGCCGGCGAGUAUUGGGAAUAUGUCGGAUACAUUGAAUGAGAUUAUUAUGAUGAAUAACGGGUUGAGGUCUUGUAUCCCGGAUGAGAUUGGGUUGUUGAGUAAUGUGACGGUGUUUGAUGUGAGUUUUAAUGAGUUGAUGGGGCCGUUGCCGGAGAGUAUUUCUGGGUUGGUGAGUGUGGAGCAGUUGAAUGUUGCCAGUAAUUAUUUGAGUGGGAGUAUUCCGGAGAGUGUUUGCCGGUUGCCCCGCUUGGAGAAUUUUACCUAUUCGGAUAAUUUCUUUACUGGCGAGCCUCCUGUUUGCUUGAAUUUGGCUGCCUUUGAUGAUCGGAGGAAUUGUUUGCCUGGGAGACCCGCUCAGAGACCGGUUAACCAGUGUAGGAUGUUUCAGAGUAAGAAGAUACAUUGUAGUGCUUUCCGCUGCGCUCCGUUUGUUCCGGUGUUGCCCACGCCACCACCGCCGGUUCUCGUGCCUUCACCGCCUGUUGUUACCCCGUCGCCGCCUGUUGUUACCCCAUCGCCACCUGUUUAUACCCCACCUUCACCGUCCCCUCCACCACCGCCUUCGCCUCCACCACCCGUUUACUCACCUCCCCCGCCUCCACCUUCGCCUCCACCACCCGUUUACUCGCCCCCGCCUCCUCCACCAUCGCCCCCGCCUCCCUCGCCACCUCCGCCUCCUCCACCGUCACCCCCACCGCCUUCCCCGCCUCCACCCCCUCCACCAUCGCCCCCGCCACCUUCCCCACCUCCACCGUCUCCCCCACCACCAGUAAUGUCACCGCCUCCCCCACCUCCACCUCCACCCCCUCCACCACCACCACCAUCUCCACCACCGCCAUCUCCUCCGCCCCCAGUCAUGUCACCUCCACCGCCACCGCCUCCACCACUAUCUCCACCACCGCCAGUUAAUCCGCCUUAUUGCGUACGACCGCCACCACCACCUCCAGUUACACCCUCACCACCGCCACCCGUCCAUUCCCCUCCUCCACCAGUCCACUCCCCACCUCCCCCACAACCUUACUACUAUGAUUCACCACCUCCACCUCACUCGCCACCACCACCUCACUCCCCUCCACCACCACCCCACUCGCCUCCACCACCUCACUUACCGCCUCCGCCUUACAUAUACUCAUCACCACCGCCUCCAUCACCUCAAUCCCCACCUCCGCCGCCCCAUUCACCACCUCCACCACCCCAUUCCCCACCUCCACCAGCCCCUCUUUGUAUAGAACCACCACCACCACCACCUCCUUGCAUUGAAUACACACCACCACCAUCACCAACCCCAUCGCCCCCACCGCCUCCACUAGUCUAUUACUCCCCACCGCCACCAGUCCACCAUCCUCCUCCCCCUCCAGCAAUAACAUACAACAGCCCACCACCUCCAGCACCAGUAUACGAGGGCCCCCUACCGCCCGUAUUCGGGGUAUCAUAUCAAUCUCCUCCACCACCACCCUUCUAUUGAUUCUUUCAAUACAAUUCUCCUACUCAAAGUUGAAACAAGCCCUACAAUUAAUUAACACCACCAAUUGUCAGUCAAAACUUUCAUCACUAUGUGGUGAUGAAUAAACAUCAAGAUUAGAUUUUUGUGGGCAACAUUUGAGAUAUGAAUGGAAAAUAGGUAAGAGGAGGAUUCUUUCCCCAAUAUUUAUUUGAAAUUGUUAUGGGAUUUGUGAAAAUAAAUUUGCCAGGGAAAAUUGUAGGUUGCAGAGAAGUUUUUAUGUAUAGACAUCAUCAUCAGUUUGCUCUUGGUUUUUCUGGGAUUUUAUUGUUAUUAUCCUAUUUUUGUUUUUAAAUUUUAUUUUAUUUAUAGUAUAAUCAUCAACAUAUUUACUUGUA